GUUAAUUUGCAGAUUAAAAGAUAUAUAAAAGACUCGUUGUCUAUUGGAAAAUUAUCACAAAUCAAGCGUUCAUUUAAGUUAACAGCUGAAGCUAAAAAGGAGAUUGCUAUGGAGAAAACUAGAAAGUUGAAGAUGCAAAAAAAGCAAGAAAAAAUUGCCGAAACUAAAGCUAAAGGAAAAGCUAAUGCCAAUGCAAAGAAGAAAGAUAACGAGACAGCAAAAAAUAAUAAAAAAACUACUGCAGAGAAGACAACAACAGCAGAAAAGAAUGCAAAAAUUUCUAAGAAAACCACAACUAAGAAAGCUGCUACGGAUGUAAAGGUAUCAAAACCCACUGGUGCAGGAAAGGCCACAGUAAAGAAGACAGUAACUAAAUCCAAGAAACCCAAACUAAAAAUCACAAAUACUAAGGCUCCGAUAGAAAACGGUGGUCAACCUAGUGGCGGCAAUGCAAAGAAGAAGACGGAGAAAACUGAGAAACCUAUAAAAUCUGUUCCCACUGCAAAGGUCGCAAAGGUCCCAAAAGUCUCAAAAGUCCCAAAGGGUGCACAAGUCGCUGAGCCAGAGAAACCUAAAGCAAAAGCUAAAGCAAGUAAAUAACAAAACAAGAAUUCUUUUUAUUUAUUUGUUUAUAUCAAGUCUUUUUCUUAUUAAAUAUAUAUGAUAUUUUUUUAAUAAAAAUUGUAAACUUUAAGCUUCAAUGAGUUGGUGGCUUAAGAGAG